AUGGCGCCAACUUUCGCCAUGCUGGGCUCCGAGGAAUGCCCCGGAGUGGUCUCUCUCAUACCCAGCAAGUUGGACCAGCGCGUGGACAAGCUGCGGUCAGAGGGCCAGAAAUGCGACUUAGCGGUCACCUAUCUAGAAGUCUACAACAAGGUUGUUCGACACCUGCUGUGCCUCGACCCGGCCAAGGGCAUUGGCAUAUUGUACCUCACCAUCCAAAAGGUGAAGGAGGCCGGCAUUCUCCUCGAGCCGCUCUUGAAAGGAAACAAGAACCGGACGCAGCAUGCAACCGAUGGUAAUGCUGAGUCAGCGUGGUCACACGCCAUCUUCCAGAGCUACGCCGCAGUGACGGAGAAUGCGACAAGCACGAGCAACGAAACUCGCGUCUCGAUGUGCUCUGUUGACCUUGCCGGCUGGCAGCGCGCAGCUGUGGCCAGUAGGGACACAAAGGUUCAGAUGCGCGAGGGUACCAAGCUUAACCUGUCGCUGCUGGCCCUCGGCAACUGCAUCGACGCCCGCUCGAAGAAAGGGACCCAGCAGGUGCCGUACUACGACUCCCACCUCACCCACAUCCUGAAGGACUCGCUGGGUGGCUCGGGCAACGUCCUUGUGAUUGGGACAGCGAUGGCGGUGAAUCUCAGCUACGUGGAAACGUAG